GCCGCCUCGGCGCCGCAGCCUGUCUGAGGACUGAAUCCGCCUGAGCGCCCUGCGGGAGGAAGAGACAACCCAACAUGGAGAACUGCAGUGCCAACAACUUGCAGAGGAAUAACACUUUGAUAUUUCCCCUGAUUGUCUACGUCCCUGUGCUCUUCCUGGGGGUCCCACUGAACCUGAUCGCCUUCUGGGUCUUCUGCUGCAAGGUCAAGAGGUGGUCUGAGACCAGAGUCUACAUGAUCAACCUCACAGUUGCAGACAGUUGCCUUCUCUUUGCCAUCCCUUUCGUGAUGCAUUUUGUCAAGCACAACCACCCUAGAGACAAGCUGUGCUUGUUCAUACACAGCAUAUAUUUUACCAACAUGCCCAUGAGCAUCUUCAUCAUCACCCUGAUUGCAGUCGAUAGAUACAUUGCGAUCAAGUUCCCCCUGAAAGCAAAGAUCCUUCGCUCGCCGCUGAAAGCAGCUUCUGCCUGUGGGUUUCUUUGGAUACUGCUGACAGUUAAUGCCCAGCUGCAGCCACGCUUUAAUGGAUUAUCAAAGGAUUUGUGCUUUGGCAAACAAUCUCUUCAACCUAGUUAUUCUAUGGUACUCUCCAGUGUCUUGGGGUAUUUCAUUCCCUUAGGGAUUGUGGUUUUUUGCUCAGUACAAGUCAUCAAAUGUCUCAAAAAGAAGGUUGACAGUGGUUCCCAUGAGAGAAAGUUGAUCCAGAAAGCAAUCUACAUUGUUUCUGUGAAUUUGUGUGUGUUCAUCAUCUGCUUUUCACCUCUCUACAUCACAAUGACCUUGCGUUUUGUAGUGGAUCUUGUUGGAGCUUGCUCUCUGCUCUCAGCAGUUAACUUAUCUAUGCAAGUGUCUUCCUGCCUUGCAAACUGUAACUGCUGUUUGGAUGCAUUUUGCUAUUACUUUGCAGCCAAGGAAUUUCAGGAAUUUUCUUCUCUGUUCCCUACUUGUCGAUCAGUGAGGUCCAAGAUGAACCAAAGACAAGAGUCACAGUCACCCAAAGGUCAAGUCAUGACACAAAAAAGCUGUGGUACUCCAUAGGGGUUAGGAGCCACAGUGGUGCUGAAGUUUUGAG